AUGUCAACCGCCGCCCAUUUGGGAGGAGCUGGACUGCCAGACGACAAUCGCGGUCCGAAUAUUCUUGCUGCAGUCUCCGUUACUACCGGUGCUGCACUAGCAGUGGUCCUGGCCCGUCUAUACGUUCGAUGCUUCAUUGUCAGAAAUGUUGGUCUCGAUGACUAUUUUAUGACAUUAACAAUGGCACUGUCUGUAAGCGGAUGGGCGAUCAUCAUUCCAGAAGUAGCCCAUGGCGCGGGACGACAUCUAGCCUAUCUCGAUCCGGAAGUUGCUACCACAGGCCUGCACUUGAACUUUGUCACCCAGGCAAUCUAUUUAUGGGCUAUUGGCUUCGUGAAGAUCUCAAUUGGGCUCUUCCUGAUUCGCUUUGCGCCGAACAAAGGGUAUAAGAUGUUUAUUUGGACCAUAAUAGGCAUGAUGGCGAUCUACACUACGAUAUGCUUCUUCACACUUAUCUUCCAAUGUAAAGACAUUGCAUCGAUCUGGGAUAGCAAUGUGAAAUCUAAAUGUUUUACACCAAAGCAACUUAUUGAGCUCAGCUACACCAACACAGCUCUUAACAUCCUUACGGAUUUGAUUUUCGCCUUUUUACCGGCUAUCAUGCUUCGGAAACUACAAGUCAACGCGCGAACCAAAGCAUCUCUAGUCUGCAUUCUCGGACUCGGCGUCUUUGCAUGCGCUGCAGCAUUCGUCAAACUUUCAUUCCUUCCAAACUACGGAAAGACGGGAGAUUUCCUUUGGGAUUCGACAGACCUAACGAUUUGGAUCACCACCGAAUGCAAUAUUGGGAUUAUUGCUGGAAGCCUACCCUGCCUCAAGCCCUUGUUCAAAAGACUUCUCCAUAGCUACAGCUCUGGCUCUCGCAGUCGCCUCUAUGAUUACAACAAAUAUGACCAGGGAACCAAAUUGCGCUCACUCUCCCGCAGCGUAAACAAAAGUAAAGCUAGCUCUGGAGGAGUGCUUCGAUCUGGUCACGCCCAUGAUGACAACAACGCCAUAUCCAACAAGAUCAGUCAUGUCAAGCMCCCCGCCACGACGAUCUCGGGCAUACACAAUGAUAACAGCAGUGAGGAAAGGAUUCUUCCUGUCCGAAGUAACAGCCGUGGUGACGGCAUCAUACGGACAACUGAGGUGCAAAUUACCACGGCAUCGACUGGGAAUGACACCGAGAAUAACAAGGCAUGGACUAGUAACACCUCACAUGAGGCGUGGGAAACGAAACAUGAUGUUGAGGAUCGGGUUUUCUAG